AUGGUACCCAAUGCCGUGGAGAGGAAAAAGAUUCAUGCCCAACUUAUUGUGUUUCAUAAUAGAAAAUGCAUGUUUGGCCUAGAAGAUGCACAAAGUGUUAGGAAGACUGUGACUCCAGCAGAAUGGUGGGAGGCUUAUGGAGAUCAUUGCCCCAAACUAAGGAAUUUUGCCAUUUGGGUUCUAAGCUUGACUUGUAGUUCUUCCGGGUGUGAGCGCAAUUGGAGCGCAUUUGAAAUGGUGCAUACAAAGAAAAGGAAUAAAUUGCACCAAAAGAAGAUGAAUGAUUUGGUUUAUGUCAUGUACAACUUGAAGUUGAAGAAUAAACCAAAAAAGAGAAAUGAUUUUGCCUCUUGUUCUUUUGAGGAAGUUGCUUCAGAUGAUGAGUGGCUAACUGAGGAAGGAGAAAAUGUUAAUGUCAAUGAACUGAAUGAAGAAGUUGGACUUGAACAUCUUAAUGAUAAUGAUGUUAAUGUUGAUUUGGAUGAAGUUGGAGGAAGUAUUAGUCAUACUAAUGCAAGUGAAAUUAGACAAGACUUUUCAUCUGAUUCUGAUGAAGGUGAUGCCGAUGGCAAUGAUGAUGGAGGAGAAUCUGAAGAUGAUGAUGGUGAUGAUCAUGGAAUGGAAGAAUGA